AUGCUGAUCACUGUGAACACCAGUAAUGAUAUAAAGAGCAGAGCCUACAAGGGGCUGGCAGGGCUUGCGGGCCCCAACUGGCUGAACAUAGAGGAGGUGUUGCCCGCCUUCCAAGUUCAGGCGAAGAUGCAGGUGCGAUUGGCAGAGCAGGCCCAGCGCUUCAAAGAUCGGACGUUUGAGCAAUUGGAGAAGUUAGUGCAAAUCAAAGUGUUGGAGGAAUUCUUGGAUGUGGCCAUCAAGGGCAGAAAAGGGAAGCUGCCUUACAACAGCCUGCCAGACCAUGACAGCGUGGUGAGAAUUGCGCCGUGGUUCCCUGCUGAUGUUGUAUACAAGCGGCCUCGUGAGAUGGAGCCUGCAGAUUUAGCAGAGGUUUUCAAAGCCAUCAUGGAGCAUGCAGCCCAGCCAGCCAAUGAUUUGCUCUUGAAGCGCCUGACCGCAAAGGUGGGCAGUCUUGGGUUUGACCCGCUCGCCCAGCAGGCAAUCCUUGCUGCAAUGCGACGCUUCAACGGCUCAGUGGGCAAUGAUGAGGUGCAACAGGACGCUGCAGGUGAGAUUCACUGA